AUAUUUGCCGAUCAUGGCAGUCUUAUGAUUUUGUCUUCGCUACCCAAGCAUUUUCUCUAAACCUAUUGUUUCUAGCUUAAGACAUCGUGUGCAGGUAUGUCCAUAGCUUUCUUGAGACUCUGUUACAACCGUCGAUCGGCCACAAAACUGUCAGAAUUCGGUAAAAUCUGUUGUUAUUUUUCAUCGUUUGGUGGGAACUCUGAAAACCUUUCCCGCGUUUUCCGGCCCCGUGACCCAGCUUUGACCCUGACGUCAUCAUACGUCAUCGGACACACCCCCUCUCCUUCCCCCGACACCGGAUUUGCCACAUUUUCCAACAUGGCUGCGAACAAAAACGGUUGCAUCGACGGAGACAACGACGGGUUUCUCCCGGCCUUCCCUCACUUCGGGACCGACGCAAUCCACGCUGGACAGGACCCUGAACAGUGGAACUCUAAAGCCGUUAUCCCGCCAAUUUCCUUGGCAACGACCUUCAAGCAAAAAGCUCCGGGACAGCACUCGGGUUUUGAGUAUUCCCGGGCAGGAAACCCCACACGGAACUGUCUGGAAGAAUGCUUCGCAGCCUUGGAAAAUGGCAAGCAUGGCCUGACCUUUUCCUCCGGCCUGGCUGCUACUGACACCAUCACCAAACUGCUGCAGGCGGGAGACCACAUCGUCAGCAUGGACGACGUCUACGGAGGAACCAACCGGUAUUUCCGUAACGUGGCCAGCAGGAACGGGAUCGAGACCAGUUUUGUGGACUGCACCGACGCAGCAAACGUAGCCGCGGCUCUCAAGCCUAACACCAAGAUGGUGUGGAUCGAGACACCGACCAACCCGACCCUGCGAGUGGUGGACAUCCAGGCCGUUGCUGAUGUCAUCAAGGGGAGAGACAUCUUCCUGGUGUCUGACAACACCUUCAUGUCUGCUUACUUCCAGCGCCCCCUAGACCAUGGAGCUGAUAUUGCAUUUCACUCCGUCACCAAGUACAUGAACGGCCACAGUGAUGUGGUGAUGGGAGCUGUGGUGACCAAGAGGGACGACCUUCACGAGAGGCUGCGAUUCCUGCAAUAUGCUGUGGGCGCGGUGCCGUCCCCGUUCGACUGUUUCCUGGUGAACCGAGGUCUGAAGACGCUGGCCGUGAGGAUGAAGCAACACUACCAGAACGGGCUGGCAGUCGCCAAGUUCCUGGAGAACCAUCCCUGUGUUAUUAAGUGUUCUUACCCUGGUCUGCCCUCCCACCCCUCCUACGAGGUGAUGCAGAAGCAGUCCACCGGCUGCUCGGGGAUGGUGACCUUCAGGAUCAAGGGCGGCGUGGAGUCUGCCAGCAAGUUUCUCCAGUACCUCAAGAUCUUCACCCUGGCAGAGAGCCUAGGAGGUAUUGAAAGCCUGGCAGAGAUUCCCGGCCUGAUGACGCACUUGUCCGUCCCAAAGAAGGACCGUGACACGCUGGGUAUCCAUGACGACCUCGUCCGCCUGUCCUGUGGCAUUGAGGAGACCUCUGACCUCAUCGCUGACCUUGACCAGGGACUCAAGAAGGCUGUGCCAGAAGAAUUGCGGAAAUAAGAAACUGCUGCUACUGACAACCUACAUACAUGUACAUGUACAUGUGCAUGUGCACGUGGAGUGGGGCAUGGUGGGGCAUUGGGAAUACAAAACAGUCAAACCUGUCUUUGGUGACUACUCAUGGAGAAAAAAAAUGGUCACAGUAGACAAGUGGCAGAAUUCUUUCGAUUUUGUCGGUGGGAAAAUAAUCUAAAAGACCAACAAAAAGUCAUGAGGUCACAAUGGUCUGGUGUUCCUUGUGUAGAGGUGGUCUCUAGUACAGAUUUGAUUUUAACGUUACGGGUUGGAAACAUAGAAAUUAGUUUGGAUGAGUUCCUUUUUGUGAAUUUUCAAAUUUGUGUGGUUGUUUUACCCCAUUGAAAAAUUAGAUGACGACUUGCUACAUUUAAGAAAGCUAAUGGUGGCAUAAUGUAGAAAAUAUGUUGAUUGAUAUUACUGGUCUGUACAUCUCAUGUCUGCAAAAUGUUAAAAGGGUUUUUCUCAUAGGAAAGCUGCAGAAUAACAUUAAUGAUGCACAAUUUGUAACCUCUUUUACUGUCAGGGACUGGUGAUCAAAUUAUAGACACAAUGGUGGUACAUUUACAUAAUGUACAAAUAUGUGCACUCUGGCAGUCUUUAGUAAAGUCUAUACUCUAUAGAGUACUUUUAAUGCAACUGAUGUGAUGAAAUGAAAGAUCUUCAGCAAAAUUAUCCGUGAUGCUGCCGACUUCUAUGAAGUCCACAUGUACAAUGUACAUGUAGCUGGAUUGUAGCCGCCAGUUUGUUCAUUUAGAGGUUAAAGUCACGUUAAGGUACAAAAUAUAUCUUCGAAAACAUCUUCCAUGUGUAUCUUCAAACUGUAACAAUUUUAAAUUUGAUCAUAUUAUUUUUACAUAUCACUCCAAAACACUACUAUAUAAAAACACUACAUUGAGAGCUGCUGUACCAGUAUUUUACUAAGAGUCGCCUAUUUAUUUUAUUCUAAGUUUAUUUUUCUCCUUUUCCUCCCAAAUAAAGUUUAUGUCUCACACCA